AUGGUCGAUCCGUCACUCACGGUUGUUGCCGUUGGUGGUGAUGGUGAUGGCUACGGUAUCGGUAUGGGGCAUUUUAUCCAUGCAUGUCGCCGUGAUCUCGAUAUCACGUAUAUCGUGUUCAACAACGAGAACUACGCACUCACGACAGGUCAGUCAUCUCCAACGACUCCGAUAGGGGCUGUGACCAAGACUGCUCCAGAAGGUAAUCUCAUCAAGCCUCUUGAUCCAGUUGCACUCGCAGAACAUGCGGGAUGUGGCUUCACCAAGACUGCUCACUCCAAGAACUUCCAAGAACUCAAGGAGAUUAUUAAGGCAGCAAUUCAGCACAAGGGAUUCUCACAUAUCGAUGUAGAACAAGAUUGUCCGAGCUUCCGUAGAUGGGCAAUGUAA